AUGCCGAUCUAUUUUCCCGGUAUUGCCAAUGUAUCAUUGGCAGCCACUGUGAAGCGACCCAUAAAAACAUUUGAACUAUCUUUUAAUAUGAAUCGCACGGUCAAUGGUCUUACACUUCCCAUUAAAUGCUAUAUGAUGUAUGGCGUAUCUCUUGGGUCAUGUAGCUAUAACGGUGCUCGUCUGUGUCAAAUUAUGAAUGACUCUUUGUUGGAAAACUUGGGAUGA